AUGGAUUGGGCUAAGUGGGAUGUGAAUGCUUUAUUCGAAUUAUCCGCGAAGCCAGUUAGACUGAAAGUAGGCAAGGAUCGCUUUAUGUGCGGCAAUGUGUUCACGGUCGAUCCAAUCAAUAAGUCAUUCAUAAUAGUCCAGUUUCAUCAACAACAAGGUCAUGCGUUUAGAAUAUGUGUGAUUCCGAGCGGGGCGAUAGAAGGUAUAGAAAUGUGUGAAAGCGAUGAGAAUGACGGUUGUAAGAAGUAUACAGCAGAGUUAUAUGAAUGGAUGCGUAAUUUGAUGGGUAAUAUACAAAAGCAUUCAUCAGUUGAUCGUCAUUCGGUACAACGAAGGGAUGCGUUGAUUAGAUGGCUGACAAAUAAUGGAGUGAAAGACGUGAAACUGGAUGAAGAGGGAACAGUUCGAGUCUUUGAUGAUGUUUCGAUUCGGUUGCCCUAUAAACCAGAUGAUUGUUUCAGUGAUAAUUGUCGUGUUCUUAUCGCAGUGCAGUCACUUAUCAAACGUUUCGACAAUGAAAAUCAACAGUUUCAGUUGUAG